AUGGAGGCUUUGACGGAGCUCUGCGACCUGAUUGCGGAGCACCCGACCCAAUUCGCCGAGAAGCUCUCGUGGAUUUGUGGCCGGUGUCCACCUCCGGAGUUUCUUCUGUGUGGAUCGCCUAGGGUUUCGCGGUCUCAGCUCAAUGCCGUGCUCGCCGUGUCUCGCUUCAUCUCCAAAUGUCCCGAUUCCGCCGAUCCCCGCCCAAAAUCUGUGGUUCUCGAGUUCCUUCGCUCGGUUCCCGCUUCGUUCAAUCGGUCAUUUUGGCCCCAAUCGUUUGGAAAUGACUCGAUCGCUUCUUUCUUCUCCGAUUUCUUGGGGUAUGUCUGUAAAGCCACCGAAUUGUCGUCGGAUUUUGCUACAGAGAUCACUGGGUUCACUGGGGAGGUUGUGGUUACAGCGAUUAGCAAUGGUGGCGAAGAUUCAGGGAUUUCCAGGGCUUUUCUCAUGGCUCUGUCAGAAAAUUUCCCUCCAAUUUUGCCAUCGGAUGCAGAGAAGUUGAUUACAAUGUUUAUGGAUCAGUUUGCGGCCUCCGGUCCCAUGGUUCAGUCCCCGGUUACACCGAGACGAAUUGCCGCGAACUCAGAGACCUCGUCGGCGCAGAGCUCGCCUUUGAAUGGCAAUCAUUACCAGGCCAAUGAGAGUUCCAGCCCCAGAAACGAGGCGAGUAAUGUGACGGGUUCAUCAGGUAGUGUAUCAUCGAGGGGGUCGGUGAUGGUGAAUGGGAGCAGCAUUGUGUGGAAGAGUGGUGUUGAUCAAUUGGGUCUGACUUUUGGUCUCAGUGAAGGAGGUGGAGCUGUGAUGCUUAAGCAGCAAGUUUCUUCAUUCGAGGAAGAGUCUGUGGAGAAUUUGGAGAAGCAAGAGAUUGCUUUUAAAUUGGUUGCUCAUAUUUUAGAUAAAGUCCGCAUUGAUUCUGCGCUUUUGGAGCAGGUCAGGUUUAUUGCCAAGAGGCAACUACAGUCUAUGUCAGUGUUUCUAAAGAUUAGAAAGCGGGAUUGGAAUGAACAUGGGGCGCUUUUAAAAGCCAGAAUCAAUACGAAGCUGUCAGUUUAUCAAGCUGCUGCCAAGUUGAUUCUUAGUUGCCUUGCUUGCUAUGAAACUGAUGUGAAAUCAGCCAAGAAGUUGGCACAUGAGACUCUGGCAUUGUUGAUGGAUGCUGCUGAAGCUUGUUUGCUCUCUGUGUGGAGGAAGAUGAGAGUUUGUGAAGAGCUCUUUAGUUCUUUGCUAUCUGGGCUCGCACAGAUUGCAGUCAAGCGUGGUGGCCAGGCACUGCGUAUUUUGCUCAUCCGCCUCAAACCCGUUGUGUUAACUGUAUGCACACAGGCUGAUACUUGGGCAACCAGCCAGGGAGCGAUGUUUGAGAGUGUGAUGAAGACAAGUUGUGAGAUAAUUGAAUCUUGUUGGACCAAGGAGCGAGCUCCAGUUGACACAUUCAUAAUGGGAUUAGCUACAAGUAUUCGUGAACGAAAUGACUAUGAAGAACAGGAAGAUAAAGACAAAGAGGCAGUUCCUGUUGUGCAGCUUAAUGUUAUACGCUUGCUAGCCGAUCUGAAUGUUGCCGUUAAGAAGCCUGAAGUCGUGGACAUGAUAUUACCUCUAUUUAUUGAAAGCUUAGAAGAGGGUGAUGCUUCAAGUCCUAGUUUAUUGCGACUCCGGCUCCUUGAUGCUGUAUCACGCAUGGCAAGUUUAGGUUUUGAGAAGUCCUAUCGUGAGACUGUUGUUCUAAUGACAAGGAGUUACUUAAGUAAACUUUCAAGUUUAGGAUCUGCUGAAAGCAAAACUGUGCCACAGGAAGCCACAACAGAACGUGUUGAGACUCUUCCUGCAGGAUUCCUUCUGAUAGCUAGUGGUCUUACGAAUCCUAAAUUGCGUUCAGACUAUCGUCACCGUCUGCUGUCUUUAUGCUCAGAUGUAGGGCUGGCUGCUGAAUCCAAAAGUGGAAGGAGUGGAGCAGAUUUUUUGGGGCCACUACUUCCCGCUGUAGCUGAAAUAUGUUCUGAUUUUGAUCCUUCUGUAGAUGUGGAGCCUUCACUUCUAAAGUUAUUUCGCAACUUGUGGUUCUAUGUUGCUCUUUUUGGCUUAGCACCUCCCAUACAGAAUACUCAACACCCUGCAAAACCAUUUUCCACUACACUGAAUAGUGUGGGAAGCAUGGGCACAAUUCCUCUUCAAGCUGUGGGUGGACCAUACAUGUGGAAUGCACAGUGGUCUUCUGCUGUUCAGCGAAUUGCUCAAGGAACUCCUCCACUUGUUGUUAGCUCGGUGAAAUGGCUUGAAGAUGAGUUGGAACUCAAUGCUCUUCACAAUCCUGACAGUCGUCGAGGAAGUGGGAAUGAGAAAGUUGCUGUAACCCAAAGAGCUGCUCUUUCUACUGCUCUAGGUGGGAGAGUCGACGUUGCAUCAAUGAACACUAUAUCAGGUGUGAAGGCUACCUAUCUUCUUGCUGUAGCAUUCUUGGAAAUCAUACGAUUCAGCAGCAAUGGUGGGAUCCUCAAUGGUGGCACUAGUUUAGCUACUUCUAGAAGUGCAUUCAGUUGCGUAUUUGAAUACCUAAAAACUCCAAAUCUUGUGCCUGCUGUCUUCCAAUGUUUAAUGGCAACUGUGCAUAGGGCUUUUGAAACAGCAGUGUCAUGGCUGGAAGAUCGGAUAUCUGAAACAGGAAAUGAAGCUGAGGUUAGGGAGUCAACUCUUUCUGCCCAUGCUUGCUUUCUCAUCAAAAGUAUGUCACAUAGAGAGGAACACAUUCGGGAUGUUGCUGUGAUCUUGCUGAGCCAGCUUAAAGAUAGGUUUCCACAGGUCUUGUGGAAUUCAUCUUGUGUUGAUUCCCUGCUAUUUUCAAUUCAUAAUGAUUCCUCUUCUACUGUUGUCAAUGAUCCUGGUUGGGUGGUGACAGUUCGUUCUUUGUACCAAAAGAUUGUUCGAGAGUGGAUCAUCAAAUCACUUUCAUAUGCUCCUUGCUCUAGCCAGGGUCUCCUACAGGAAAAGCUUUGUAAAGCAAACACAUGGCAAAGAGCACAGCAUACAACUGAUGUGGUUUCUCUUUUAUCGGAGAUACGGAUUGGCACAGGUAAAACUGAUUGCUGGAAUGGCAUACAAACAGCAAAUAUUCCCGCAGUAAUGGCUGCUGCAGCUGCAGCAUCAGGAGCAAACUUAAAAUUAACAGAAGCAUUCAAUUUGGAGGUGCUCAGUACUGGUAUAGUCAGUGCAACUGUGAAGUGCAACCAUGCAGGAGAAAUUGCUGGCAUGAGAAGCUUGUAUAACAGCAUUGGUGGAUUUCAAUCUGGCACCACACCAACUGGGUUUGGGCUUGGUGUUGGACUUCAAAGGUUGAUCUCCGGAGCAUUUCCUCAACAGACACAAGCUGAGGAUGAUCAAUUCAAUGGGAUAUUGCUCACAAAGUUUGUGCGUUUACUACAGCAAUUUGUUAAUGCUGCAGAGAAAGGUGUGGAAGUGGACAAGUCUCAAUUUCGCAAGACUUGUUCCCAGGCAACUGCUUUACUGCUGUCAAAUCUGGGCUCUAAUUCAAAAUCAAAUGUAGAGGGCUUCUCCCAACUUCUCCGUCUUCUCUGUUGGUGUCCUGCUUACAUUUCCACGCCCGAUGCAAUGGAAACUGGUGUUUUUGUUUGGACUUGGCCUCACCUUUCUCCUGGAGAGCCAGAAGCAGAGCCUGAAAUUGAUCCUGUUGAGCAAAUAAUGGCUCAUAGAUUAUGGCUUGGAUUUUUCAUUGAUCGCUUUGAGGUAGUUCGACACAACAGUGUUGAGCAACUCUUGCUCCUUGGACGAAUGUUACAAGGGAUGACAAAGCUUCCCUGGAAUUUUUCACACCACCCUGCAGCUACUGGUACUUUUUUCACUGUCAUGCUUCUUGGGCUCAAGUUCUGCUCGUGCCAAUCCCAGCGCAAUUUGCAGAACUUUAAAACAGGGCUUCAGUUACUGGAAGACCGGAUUUAUAGGACCUCUCUGGGUUGGUUUGCAUACGAGCCUGAAUGGUAUGACACAAACUAUAUGAAUUUUUCCCAGAGUGAAGCUCAAUCUGUCUCUUUAUUUGUCCACUACCUUUCGAAUGAGCGAGUAGAGGCAGCAGUCCAAUCUGAUUUGAAAGGGAGGGGACGAGAAAAUGGGACCACUUUGGUUGAUGUGAACGAUCAUUAUCACCCUGUCUGGGGUCAGAUGGAGAACUAUGCUGCAGGAAGAGAAAAACGGAAGCAGUUACUUUUGAUGCUAUGCCAGCAUGAGGCUGACAGGCUUGAAGUUUGGUCGCAACCCACUAAUACGAAGGAGAGUGCCUCUUCUAAGCAAAAAAUUAGUUCAGAGAAAUGGGUUGAGCAUGCUAGGACUGCCUUUGCUGUGGAUCCUCGAAUUGCUUUAUCCUUGGCCUCACGGUUCCCAACAAACACAUUCUUGAAGGCUGAAGUAACCCAGCUGGUUCAGUCACAUAUACUGGAUAUCCGAUCCAUUCCUGAAGCAUUGCCAUAUUUUGUUACCCCAAAAGCAGUUGAUGAAAACUCGGCGCUUUUGCAACAGUUGCCACACUGGGCUGCUUGCUCAAUCACACAAGCUCUUGAGUUCCUUACUCCUGCAUAUAAGGGGCAUCCUCGUGUCAUGGCAUAUGUUCUUAGGGUUCUGGAGUCUUAUCCUCCUGAACGAGUAACUUUCUUCAUGCCACAGCUAGUGCAGGCUUUGCGAUAUGAUGAAGAGAGGUUAGUGGAAGGAUAUCUGCUUAGAGCAACUCAAAGAAGUGAUAUAUUUGCCCAUAUUUUAAUAUGGCACUUACAGGGUGAGAGUUUGUUCCAGAAUCAGGAAAAGAUGCUGUUCCUGUCAAGACAGCAUAUUAUUGAUGGUUUCACUCCCAAGGCACUUGACGUGUUUCGAAGAGAAUUUGAUUUCUUUGACAAGGUUACAUCUAUUUCUGGUGUACUCUUUCCACUUCCGAAGGAAGAACGUCGAGCUGGUAUCCGGAGAGAGUUGGAGAAAAUUGAACUUGAAGGAGAGGAUCUCUAUUUGCCAACUGCCCCUAGCAAGCUUGUCAGGGGUAUUCAGGUAGAUAGUGGAAUACCCUUGCAAUCUGCAGCAAAAGUUCCUAUAAUGAUAACAUUUAAUGUUAUUGAUCGGAGUGGGGACCAUAAUGAUGUAAAACCUCAAGCUUGUAUUUUCAAGGUUGGAGAUGAUUGUCGCCAGGAUGUUCUUGCUCUUCAAGUGAUUUCCCUUCUUAGAGACAUAUUUGAAUCAGUUGGAAUUAAUCUUUAUUUAUUUCCAUAUGGUGUACUCCCAACUGGCCCAGAGAGAGGAAUUAUUGAGGACUAUGGCCCUGUUGGCUCUCCCAGCUUUGAAGCUGCACGUGAAAACUUCAUCAUUAGCAGUGCCGGUUAUGCCGUUGCCAGCCUUUUACUUCAACCAAAGGAUCGACACAAUGGGAAUCUUCUGUUUGACAACGUUGGAAGGCUUGUUCAUAUUGAUUUUGGUUUCAUCUUGGAAACUUCACCGGGUGGAAACAUGCGCUUUGAAAGUGCACACUUUAAGCUUAGCCACGAGAUGACACAAUUGCUAGACCCUUCUGGGGUUAUGAAGAGUGACACCUGGAACCAAUUUGUGAGCUUGUGCGUUAAGGGUUACCUUGCUGCCCGCCGAUACAUGGAUGGGAUCAUCAACACAGUUUCGUUAAUGCUAGACAGUGGACUGCCUUGUUUCAGUAGGGGAGAUCCGAUUGGAAAUCUUCGUAAGAGAUUUCAUCCCGAGAUGAGUGAGCGUGAGGCGGCUAAUUUUAUGAUCCAUGUAUGCACAGAUGCCUACAACAAAUGGACAACUGCUGGCUACGACUUGAUACAGUAUCUGCAGCAGGGCAUUGAGAAGUAA